GAAGCUGCUGAAGAUAUCAUUCAGUUCCGCUACAGCGUUCAUUGAGAUAUCACAUUUCUAACGCAACUCUCUCAAUUCAAGAAGUAAUUAAAUAAAUUGAAUCAACUGUUGUUCUCACUUAUAUCUGUUUUAAAGAAAAACGGAACAAGCUGAAGGUGAUAGGAGAGACGAAUUUUGUUAACGAAUUAACGAUGGAGCCGUGGUUUAUUACUCUGGCAAUCGGCGCCAUAAUUUGGGCAGUGUAUCGUUACUUCAUAAAAGAAAAUGAGUAUAAAACAUAUGGGAUACCUGUCAAUAAAGGGAUUCCCAUUCUCGGUAGUUUUUGGGAAAUCUUCUUUCAACGCCGUAGCUUCAGCGACGUGAUCAACGAUAUUUACAAAACACACAAGGAUGCUAAAUACAUCGUUGUCUAUGAUACGUGGGUGCCGACAUUCGUUAUCCGCGACGUCGAGCUGAUCAAAUCCAUCACCGUGAAACAUUUCGAUCAGUUUGUGAAUCAUCGAAACUUCACCAGCGAGAAAAACGAUCCCCUAUUCACGCAGAAUCUUUUCCUCCUUAAGGAUGAUAGAUGGAAAGAAGUAAGAAACACCGUCAGUCCGGCAUUCACGGGCAGCAAAUUGAGAAAUAUGUUCGGGCUGAUGAGUGACUGUGCAAAGAAAUAUGGGGAGAACAUGGCAAAUUUGCCCGGUGAUCAAAAGGAGUUAGAGCUCAAGGACACGUUCAAUAGAUACACCAACGACGUGAUCGCCACAUGCGCCUUCGGUGUUGCUAUAGAUUCGAUGAAGGAUAGGGACAACGAGUUCUACGUGUACGGCCGGUAUGUACAAAACUUCUCUGGACUUAGGUUGUUAAAAUUCUUCUUUUUGAGAAACAUACCAUGGUUGGCUAACUUGAUGAAACUAAGAUUUGUCGAGCCGAAAAUGGAGAAGUUCUUCGUAGACGUGAUUACGGAAAGUAUAAGGAACAGAGAAGAGAAUCGUGUCAGCCGACCAGAUUUCAUUCAGUCCUUACUGGAGACAAAUAAGGAGAAAUUAGAGCCGGGGAAAAAAAUGACGGUGCUCGAUCUGACCGCACAUCUAUUCAUCUUCUUCCUCGCCGGUUUCGAUCCCGUCUCCACUGCCAUGUGCUUCGCCGCUUACGAGAUCGGUAUCAACGAGGAGAUUCAAAGAAGAUUGCACGAAGAGAUCGACGAAGUUUUGGAUAAAUGCAACGGUGAAGUCACGUACGAAGCUCUGAUGGGCAUGAAAUACUUGGAUGCUCUAGUUACCGAGACUUUAAGGAAGUACCCGUUAACACCGAUGACCGACAGGGUCUGUAAUCAAAGGUUCGAACUGCCUCCGACAUUGCCGGGUGCGAAGCCGUACGUCCUGGAGAAGGGAAGUUACGUGCAGGUACCCGUUUACGGUAUUCACCGUGACGAGAGGUACUACCCGAACCCGGAAAAGUUCGAGCCAGAGCGGUUCAUGGGUGACGGGAAAAGAGAACUUAACCCGGCUACCUAUUUGACGUUUGGUUUGGGCCCAAGGAUGUGCAUAGGGAAUCGAUUCGCUUUGCUCGAGACAAAGGUUCUUCUGUUCCACGUGUUUGCGAUGUGCAGCUUGAAGCCCUGCGCCAAGACGCAAAUACCAAUAGUCUUCAGUACAAAAACGUCCAAUAUGAUGUCGAAAAAUGGGUUCUGGUUCAACGUUCAACCAAGGUCCUCACAAACAAGGAUGUGAAUUGACGAUAAUAGCCCCAAGUAAAACAGUUGCGGUUAUCUUUACUGAAUCCUGCGAGGAGUCUUUCAAAUAUAUGUAUAAUAUAAAAAAGUAAUACUAUCACAUAACUGCAGAUUAAACAAUCCUAACGCACACAUAGGAAAUGAACGAAAUAAUAAAAUUUAUUGCGAAUUUA